AUGGCAGAUGUAGAGCAAAGAGAAAUGUCAUUGUUUGAAUGCUCGGAACAAUUAGAAGCAUCCGUGGAAAGAGUAAAAAAAUUCGAUUACUCGCAAUUUAGUGACGUGACACUUAUCGGGAGUGGAAAAUUUACAAUUAUAUUUUCAGCUACCUUUGAAGAUAAAAAGUAUGCAUUAAAAAGCCUAAAUAAUAACUUAAAAAUUGAUGUUAAACCGAUAAGGCUAAUUAAACGUGAGAUUGAAAUUCUUUAUGACAUUGAACACGAAAAUAUCAUCAAAUUUUAUGGAAUUUCAAAAGAUUCACUAUCACGCAGUUUUAUGUUAGUAUUUCAACUAGCAGAUGGUGGAACUCUCCGAGAACAUUUAGAGAAAAAGCUGCAUGAAAAUAUUUACAAAAUUUCAUGGUGCGAACUUAUUCAAAUUGCAAAUGGAAUUGCUAAUGGAAAUGAGUUUUCUAUAAGUGAAAACGAAGAGCAUGCCAGAAACAUAGUGGAACUAAUGUU